AUGUAUGAAAAUGAAGAUGCCUCGACCUCAAAUACGGAAGUUGUUAGUGAAAUGAAAGGUGGCCGCACAAGUGACUUGGCAUUGACCAUUGAACAAGAGGCUGUUGUCGAGUCGGAUGCAGUCAAUGGAGAAUUCAAAAACAAAAUUGAAACAGAACUGCGGAGGCGUAGUCAGGGUAACACAAACAACCACAAUAGAAUUACAGGCAUUAUACGGGAACCCGAAUUACAUAGUUUUAUGUUAGCUCAAAAAUAUCUAUACUGGAAAAACAUCGAUAAAUAUAUCGAGUGUAUGGUGAGAGACUGUGAAAAAUGCGCCGCAGCUCAGAAAAGUCCUGCAAAAGCUCCAUUACAUUCUUGGGAUGAGCCUAGCAGCAAUUGGCAGCGCAUUCAUAUCAUUUUCUACUUUCUAGUCGUUGUUGAUGCGAAAUCAAAAUGGAUGGAGGUUGGCUUCCAGAGAAAUGCACCCUCUUCAGAAUUAACUAUGGAAAUGCUGAAUCAAAUUUUUGCUCAAACUGGAUUUCCUGAAAUAAUCGUUUCAGACAAUGCUACUAUUUUCACCAGCGAAACCUUUUCAAACUAUUGUAAAAAUCGAAGUAUUUCACAGAAAUUCAUCGCUCCUGGUCAUCCUGCUACCAAUGGGCUAGCAGAGAGAACCAUUCAAACUCUGAAGAAACGUUUAUCUUCAGCAGACAACUUGCAGCCGAUGAAGGAGAGAUUACAACAAAUUCUAAUGCGCUAUCCAGCAACACCAUUGAGAAAUGGAAAAUCUCCAGCCAAACUAUACCUGAAUUGA